AUGGAUGGAGUAAAAGUUGGAGUGCUCAAUGUAAAUAACAUCCGACAUGCAGACGAUACUGCCAUUGUUGCAGAUUCAGAAGAACAGCUACAAAACCUCCUUAAUGUAAUAGCAGACGGAAGUAGAAAAUUUGGGCUAGAUACUAACAAAAGAAUGACCUUCAGUAUGACCAUUUCAAAGGAGAAUGACAAUAAGCGAAGCAAUGAAAAAGCAACCCGAGGCGGCAGAAAUGUGGCUCUUACGGAAGAUGAUGAUCUGGACAAAGAAGGUAACGAAUGGAAAUGUAUUGAGAAAAGCCCAGACGGAAAGACAAUUAGUAAAGCAAAUAGUGAAAAGACAAUGUAG